UCGAACCUACCUGCCUUUCGAGGCGCUGCUUUCCAGACUCUUAUCUGCUUUUACGCGCUAUCUCCGCCCUCCGGGGAGACUUCUCCGGUUACCGAGCGUCUUAUUUAUUUAUUAUUUUUUACGCACUUCCGUUAAGUCAAAACUAGGCGUGACGGACUGACUGCGGGAGCGCAAAGGACACCAUCCGUGGGAUUUCACGCCUGCUUCUGUGUGUGUGGAUUAAACGGAACCGUCGUUCUGCCGCACAGGGCGAACUGCGGACGCUUUGCAAGGUUUUAGGGAACAACUGUGCACGGAUCUGGUGCACAUUUUGUGGAUGCGCUGAGCUGGAGAAACCACUGCGCUGUUCAUUCGGACGUUCCGGUGCGCGCAGCAGGUACCAUCUUUAAAAAAAAAAAAAAAAAAAAAUCUCCUUUCGGCGUGAUGAUUGCGCAGAGGUCCUCAGGUGGGAGCGCAAAGGAGCAGAUCUGAGCGCACAGCCUGAGAUCCAGCUGCACUUGGCAUUAAUUAAGCUGCCCCGAAGUGACGCAGAGGGCCGUUUGAAGUCACAUGUGCCCCGAACAAACGAUUAAAAUGACAAAAGCCGCUCCGAGGAGGGAGCGAGGAAACUGCAUUGGCAUCACGUCUCAGCUCCUGGGGUGCGAGAGAGCAGGAGGACGGGGAGCAGAGGAGGAGGAGAGGGAGGAGAAGCAGUGGGGAGCUGCUGACAGCCAGGCUGUGGCUUCAGUGAUGGACUGAUCGGUGACAGACAGCUGCACGUUGACGGUGGACGCUUUGGAUUGUGGGUCACUGACAAGAGGAGCUGCAGAAACACACACAUACACACAAAAACUGUCCUCAUGAUUAUAACACAGCUGUUUUACAACGAGGACAACACCGUCAUUUUAUUUGGAACCUAAAGCUCAGGUCUGUGCAAACUGAUCACCCCCCCCCCCCCCCAAAAAAAAACAAAAAAAAACAAAGCAAGUGGACGUGGAGCCUCAGUUGGUGUCCUGGAAGCCACUAAUGUAACUAAAUCAAGAUUUCAUCUCCAGGAAGCCCAGAGUAUUUGGCUGCAUGGACACAUCUGCAAAGACGUGGCUGCCGCAUCAGUUUCAGUUUGGGUUGGUUGGACAAACGGAGGUUUGCUGCGGCGGACCCGAAGAUUUAAUCUCAAACCACUCUCGCAGGGCAAGUUUUGCCUCUGUAAGACAGUCAAGCAUGGAAACGCCUCCCAACACCACGCCACAACCCUUCAGACAGCCCAGUUUCCUUAAUCGAAGGUUGAAGGGUUCCAUCAAGAGGGCCAAAAGUCAACCGAAAUUAGAUCGAACUAGCAGCUUUAAACAAAUGAUUUUACCCCGGUUUCGUAGUGCCGACCAAGAGAGAACACGCUUGAUGCAAAGCUUCAAAGAAUCCCACUCCCAUGAGUCCCUGCUUUCUCCGAGCAGUGCUGCAGAAGCUUUGGACCUAGUUUUGGAUGAAGAUGCCAUCAUCAAACCUGUCCAUUCCAGCAUUUUAGGACAAGAAUACUGCUUUGAGGUGACCACCAAUUCAGGGACCAAAUGUUUCGCCUGCCGUUCAGCUUCUGAGAGAGACAAGUGGAUUGAAAAUCUGCAGCGAGCUGUUAAACCAAACAAGGAUAACAGCAGAAGGGUAGAAAAUGUGCUCAAGUUGUGGAUCAUUGAAGCUCGAGACCUUCCGGCAAAGAAGCGUUACUAUUGCGAGCUUUGUCUGGAUGACAUGCUGUAUGCACGCACCACCAGCAAGCCCCGAACGGACACUGUCUUCUGGGGCGAGCACUUUGAGUUUAACAAUCUGCCUACCAUUCGUAGCCUUCGCCUGCACCUCUACAAGGAAACUGACAAAAAGAGACGCAAGGAGAAAAGCACAUACCUCGGCCUGGUUAGCAUUCCCAUCUCCAGUAUCACAGGACGACAGUUUGUCGAGCAGUGGUACCCGGUGAUACAGUCCAGCGUUUUGGCAAAAAGCGGAGGUGUCGGAAGCACAAAAGUUAUCAACGCCUCACUUCGGGUCAAAUCUCGCUACCAGACAAUGAACAUCCUCCCAAUGGAGCUGUACAAAGAGUUCGCAGAGUACAUUACCAACAACUACCGAACGCUGUGUGCGGUUCUGGAGCCGCUGUUAAGUGUCAAAAGCAAAGAGGAAGUGGCUUUUGCCUUGGUCCACAUUCUUCAAAGCACAGGAAAAACGAAGGAAUUUCUGUCGGACAUGGCAAUGUGUGAAGUGGAUCGAUUCAUGGACCGUGAGCAUUUGAUUUUUCGAGAGAACACCCUGGCUACAAAAGCUGUGGAAGAGUACCUCAAACUGAUAGGUCACAGAUACCUCAAGGAUGCUAUAGGUGACUUCAUUCGCGCCUUAUACGAGUCUGAGGAGAACUGCGAGGUAGACCCCAUGCGUGUUCCACCAUCAGUCCUCGCUGACCAUCAAGCAAACCUUCGCAUGUGCUGUGAGCUGUUGCUCUGCAAGAUUAUUAACUCUCUUUGCAUAUUCCCCCGAGAGCUGAAGGAAGUUUUUGCCUCGUGGAGAGCCAGAUGUGCUGAGCGGGGAAGAGAAGAUCUCGCCGACAGUCUCAUCAGCUCCUCCCUCUUUCUUCGCUUCAUGUGUCCCGCCAUCAUGUCGCCGUCCCUGUUCAGCCUAAUGCAGGAGUAUCCAGCCGAGCGCACCUCACGCACACUCACGCUCAUAGCCAAGGUGAUGCAGAACCUGGCCAGCUUCAGCAAGUUUGGCCCAAAGGAGGAGUUCAUGUAUUUUAUGAAUGAGUUCUUGGAGAUGGAGUGGGGCUCCAUGCAGCAGUUUCUCUAUGAGAUUUCAAACAUGGACACUGGAGGAAAUGCUGGAGGGUUUGAGGGCUACAUCGACUUGGGCAGAGAACUGUCCAUGCUGCACAGUUUAUUAUGGGAAGUGAUGGGUCAGCUCAGUAAGGAUGCAAUUCUCAAACUUGGACCCCUGCCACGGCUGCUGAAUGACAUCAGCGUGGCUUUAAGGAACCCUCAGCUCCACAUGCCUGCAAACCACCAGCCUGACCGACCAAAGGACAGUCUUUUCUCCCGGCCCUCUUUCAAUCGUCUCAUGUCUUCUGACUUCCAAAGCCUUAUGAUGCGUGACUUAAACAGUUCAAUAGAUAUUUCUCGCCUGCCGUCCCCGACGACUGGAGUAUCUGCUGUGGAAUCCCUCUCAUCUAAUCUGAACAUGAGGCGUCACGCCGAACGGGACCUUCGUUCAUCAAGAGAAGUAUUCUAUGUGACUCGCCCACCUCUGGCUCGGUCCAGCCCGGCUUACUGCACAAGCAGCUCAGACAUCACUGAGCCCGAUCCAAAGGUCCACAGUGUGAAUAAAAGUGUGUCCAUGAUGGACCUUCAGGACUCCCGUAUGAACAGUAUUUCCAACCUAAACUCUGUUGGAGAAAUGCUCGCCUCCUCUCAAGCAUCCAUCGCUGGUCUGGGCCACAGCUUUGGAAACCUUGGCGGUCCUCUGCGUAUGGGAGGGCACAUUCCUGCUGGCUCGGCGGGCUCCGGUUUGAGGCUGAGCCAGAUGGGACACAUAGGAGGGCCCACCGAAUCCAUCUCUCAACAGCAGCAGCAGGCAGCGGCGGCCAUGCACGUGCCCUUGUCUUUCCAGAACCCACUAUUCCAUCUGGCCACUCAGAACUCCCCGGCUCAGUCUCAGCCUCCUCCUAUGUUGCUAUCACCGGAGCAGGAGAACGGCCACCCUGACUACCCGGCUGCAUUUGGCAACAGCGCUUUCUCCCGCAGUGAGGACCUGUCGGCCCUGCGGUCACAGAGCAGUCUGGUGCAGCCCAGCAUUGUCCAUUCACACAGUUACAGUGAUGACUUCACCCGACAGAAUCACAGCAACGACUACGCCUGGCACCAGCUGUCACUGCAGGUGCAGGAGUCUCUGCAGCAGCAGCACAUGAUGGGUGUCAAUUCUCAGACGGCCACCGGGACGGGCACUCCCGCCUCUUUGGCCACGCCCCCUACCACUGUUCACGCUGUCCGCCAGUCAUCCAUUGCACCACCACAACACCUCAAGUCUCAGCGGUCCAUUAACGCCACGGCCACACCCCCAAAGGUCCGCCCCCAGAGCCGAAACAUCCUCCUGGAGUCCUCUGACACAAACUUCAGUGGCAGUCAGCCAAAACAGCGACAAGCUCAGCAACAACCACCAUCACAACAACAACAACAACAACAACAGCAUCAUCAACAGCAGAUGCAGCAGCAGGAGACACAGCCAUCUGCUACAGACAGUCCAGCUCCUGGGCUCCCGUACCAGACGAGCUCCACCAGAGAGAACCAGGCCCCGCCAGCAUCUGGAGAGGAGUCCACUGACACACCAACAAAAAGCACCAAGAAGCCUCAGUCGUCACAGCUGCAGCCUCCACAGCAGCAUCUGCUCAAGCCGGUCGUCAAUAAACAGGGUUCUCAGUCAACGUUAAACACUACUGCCCUCAAUGAACGGACGGUAGCUUGGGUUUCCAACAUGCCGCAUCUCUCUGCUGACAUCGAGAGCCUGCGGCCGGACCGUGAGGGCCAGCUGAAAGAGUACUCUAAGAGCAUGGAUGAAUCACGGCUGGAGAGGGUGAGAGAGUACGAAGAAGAAAUCCAUUCCUUGAAGGAGCGGCUGAAGAUGUCACACCGUAAGCUUGAGGAAUACGAGCAGAGGCUUCUCUCGCAGGAGCAGCAGACAAACAAGAUUUUGCUGCAGUAUCAGAGCCGGCUGGAAGACAGCGAGCGCCGCCUGAAGCAGCAGCAAAUGGAGAAGGACUCUCAAAUCAAAGGCAUCAUCAACAGACUCAUGGCUGUGGAAGAUGAGCUGAGAGGGGGUGCCAUUCCUGAUAUUAAGCCUCGAAUCCUCACAGACCAGUCGAUCAGCCAGGGCUACGGCGGCCUCCCAGGAUCCUGACUACAACGUGCCACGUGACCAGAGUUCCUGAUGGUCAUUUCAGUGUAAGAAGACUGACUCUGAUCCCUCAACAAAAGCCCAUGAAGAGAAGCUCCGCUUGGACUACUGCAAGCUUCUCGUCAACAUUCUUAAAAAAACACUUUUGCACAGAUUCAAUCUUUACCUGAAUUGGAACUUGACAAUCAGUUGAGCAUGAGGAGCAACGUACGCGGCGCCUCCUCUGCACACGUUGACUAAAACUCCACAAGCCAGUGCCACAACAAUGGCAAUACUACACCUAACGAGUUUAAGAAGAGAGAAAGCAGCCAGCAUGAAGAUGGAUUCGUGAUUUUCCUCUGUGACAAAUGGCACAAUUGCAUUUCGCUAGUAGCGGUUUCAGGCAACAGAAAAAAGUGUUUACAAGUACAAAAUCCAGCACAGUGAAGCCUGUGACGAGCAACGAGUGUGUUGUCAAAUCAUUUGAUUCUCAUGAUUUUAGCAUCUUUUCACAGCACAGCCAUCGACAACUGAAUAAUUGCCAAACAAAUCCUGUCAAAGUAACAACUGCUUAGAACGACAUUGGAAGCAUCGCAGGUUAUAGGAUCUCCACCUUUGACAGUGUAAAGCCAAAACUGAAGUGUAUAGAACUAUUAUAAAUACCAAAUCUUAAGUGUGAUUAAAAAUGGGAAUGAUCUC